AUGUCUGUGAGAUCCAUGGAGCUAGAGACUUGGGAGCUCGAGGCAUGGUACACGAACGGUCCCAUGCCGGAGGCAAUGGCCAAGUCAAGUUUCCGCGUUCAUGUAGAGGAGAAAAGAUACGCAGAUAAGCACGGCGAUUUCCGCUGCGUGGUCAAGCUUAAGAUCAAAGACGAAACAAACCGUACAUUCGUUGCUUCUGGGGUUGUUAUAGGCCCUGACCUUGUUUUGACCUCGGCACACAACGUUCGAUAUCGUGGUGGGGAAGACUAUGUGUCCCGCGCUGUGUCUGUCAGGGCGUACAUUGGAUACCACCGACAAGGCUCCUCUUCCAAAGGAGCCGGAGUACAAGAGCGUUCUGGCACAAGGGUCAUAGUGCUCCAAGAGUGGGAAAGCUCUGGGUUCACCUGGCACAACGACAUGGCUCUUGUCAAACUCGGGAGCCAAUUUACUCAGGUCAAGCCGGCCCUCUACCAAGCUCCAUCAUCAGGAGAGUCGGACGUGCUCGUCGUUGGGUAUCCUAGCAACAAUACCACCCAAGUUCUCAAUGCGUGCCCAGACUGCAAGACAGCCGGUUGCAUGUACGAAGUGGCGGGCCAGGCCAAGUACAACGCCGCAAACUUGCUGGAGUACGAGCUUUCGACUAUGCCUGGUAAGCCUACAAAUUAA